AUGAAAAACAAGUACUCUCCUAUUUCAGAUUCUGAUGACUCUUCCAAAACGCUCAAUGAUGAAAAGGCAGAUAGUCGGUCGUCUCCUUCAGAUGGUACGCCUCCUCCGUAUUCAGUCUCAAAAAAAAAUGUUGAUCUAGAAAUGGCUGAUGGAUCCGCUCAAAAUUCCGCCCAAGAUACUGUUAAUAACAUCAGGUCGGACCCUUUAACGAAUAAAGAGUGGUGGAAAAACUUUUUCGUAGGCAUAAUGACUAUUAUAGCUAUUUUAUAUAAUACUGUUUUUCUAGCCAUAGUUUUUGGUUACAAGGUUUCUCCGUAUACGAAUGUUUUUUACGGGCUUGCUGGCGGUUCUAUUGGAUCCAUUUUUAUUUUCCUAUUCACGAUUCUUGUAACAUAUCCGGAAUGGUACAGGCAAACUGGAAGAUUAACCAAAAACGUAUUGUCAGCUAUGUGUAUCUCAGUAUUAUGUGUGUGUUUUCUCGAUGUCCUCGGUUUCACCGCGUAUUAUGCUGCAAAGAAGUUCACAGGAUUUGAAAAGAUAAACAACAAUUUUUUCUAUGCUGUUUGUUUUGUUAACUUUGUCUUGUUUCUUUAUUUGACGAUGAAUGCAAAUGCGCGUGAACGACUUAGAUUAGUAGUCGUCGAUAUGGGAAACGGCAUGAGUGGCUUAGGAAACGGCAUAAAUGGCUUAGGAAACGGCAUAAAUGGCUUAGGAAACGGAAUAAAUGGCUUGGGACACGGCUUGGGAAAUGCUGUGGUUCAUAUGUUCGGAACAAAUCGAGGAGAUGAAGCACCUCGUAACGAAGAAAUCGAACUUCAACCUCUUGCUGAGCAAAGGGCUGAAGUUUGA